UUGAUUUUCCCUGGAUCGACACACUACAGAGCAACAUGACGAUGGAAAAGAUCUUACUGAGUGUCUUGUAUCUCUCAGGCUGGAACAUCUUCCCCUCAUGCCUUCUCCAUCAGUACCACUUUGUUGUUGAUCCUAUGAAUUGGACCGAUGCUCAGAGCUACUGCAGAGAUACAUAUACGGACCUGGCCACCAUUGAAAACACUGAAGAAAUUAACCAACUUAUCAACACAGUUUCAUCUGAUGGUCACGACUCUGAUGUCUGGAUCGGCCUGUACAGUAAAAUCAACUGGAGGUGGUCAGACGGCUACAGAGGGAGUGGAGCUCAAUAUAAGAACUGGGACAACUAUAAAGACAAUGAACCAGACUUUCACUCAGCUAGUCAGUUCUGUGUGUCCGUUGGAGGUGAUGGAGGGUGGUGGGAUGAUCAGUGCUCUAGGGAACAUCCAUUUAUCUGUUACAGAGGAACACAGCUGGAUCCUGAAUUUGUUUAUGUGAAUGAAAAAAUGAAUUGGUCCAAUGCUCAGACGCACUGCAGGGAGAACUUCACAGACCUGGUCACUGUGAGGAACAACACUGAGAACCAGAAGAUCCAGAGCUUGUUGCCAUUUUCGAAUGAAAACUUGGCAUGGAUUGGUUUGUUCAGAGAUCCUAACAUGUAUUGGUCUGAUGGGAGUCGUUCCUCAUUCAGAUACUGGCGCGGAGGCUUUAACUCAGUUAUCUCGAUGACGGUCGUAUGUGGUGCUGCCGCUUUGCAGAGUUCAGGACAAUGGAGAUUUUUACCUUGUGGAACUAAAUUACCAUUUGUCUGCUACAGCACUCCACGUGUCAUGAGGCAGGUAGUAAAGCUGAAGAUAGAGGACUCCUCUGUGGAUCUGAACGACCCUGCUGUGAAAGCUGAUAUCUUGAAAAAGUUCCAGGACAAGCUGAAGGAGAAAGGAGUGAAUGGAGUCACCCUGAAGUGGAGAGAGCAGCCUGAUGGGAAAGUCUUCCACAAGGAGAAACAAAGAAAGAAAACUGAGCUCUGAAAUUGAAAUCAAACUGCACCUGUGUUUAUCUGUAAUCCAUGGUGAAUGUUUAUUCUAUAUAAUACAUACAGUACACUAUUAUCACUGUACUGAAGGCUUAACCAGAACCCUGAAUACAACAUGUAGACUGUCAUAGAAGAGUUUUUCCCUUAUUAUCAAUAGUGUGUGAAGUGUGUUUAUUUUAUUUAUGGCUUUGGCUUCAAGUUUACAGUUUAUGUAACAGUCUGAUGAAACCAUAUUUACACAUUUAACAAGCCAAACCCAAUACAAGACUAGAAGGAUGUGCAAGAGGUGGGAUCAUAGUGAGUAAUAAAUGAUGGUGUGACAGUGCAACACUGCCCUCUUGUGAUCACAUCUGUACAUUAUUGCCUUUGAAGAGCAUCAAGGCUGUAUUUGCUUUGAUCCGAUUUAUCCAGUCAGGUUGUGGUUCAUCUGUUCCACCUCACUGCUCCAACUUCAGACUUCAACUCAUCCCCAGUGCAAACUAAUGGGUGAAGGUGAAGUCAUCACAAUUUGUAACAUCCAUGUUUUUAUACAGUCUAUGUGGGGUCAGUUAGGGUGAAUUUGGGUGAUUUGGGAUACGUAUACAUUUAUGAUGAAUAACAUGUUAAAAUUAUCUUAGAUACUAAAAUAGCCCUGCAAGUCUCAAGAUAAUGGCUAUUAUUUUUUCUUAUGUGAUGGCUAUAUGCUAAAUUGAGUUGUGCAUUCAUGUAUAUAGGCAGUUUAUAUUGUCAUAUCGUUUUUACAGUUUAACAAAAAGGGAAUGAUAUGAACUAAAAUCUCUCUCUUCUCUGGUUUACUAGGUCUCUAUUUCAAGAAUUUAAUAGCUAUCUGCUAAGCUAACCUGUACAAAGCCAGAGCAGAAUAUGGGGAAACCAAUGUAGUUCUUUUAGUCAUAUACCUCAUCACACCUUAUGUCCUCUCUUGCAAUAAGCCUGGGACGAAUAUUGUUGCAUGUCUGAUGCAUCGCUGGUGAUCUUCUGCUAAGAAGAAAGAAGAAAUCUGAUCAUGUGGCUGUUUGUCUGAAAUGUAUAAUGUGGAGACUGCUUUUAUGUAUUAUUGAUUAUGUAUAUGCACAGGAGUAAAUGACCUCUCCUGUCCCUUACUCCCACCCUAUGUGUAAUGAUGAAUUAUAUUAGUUAAUCAUAGCACAUAUUGUUUCCUUCAUUUCUUUUUCUAAUUCUCAUUAAUAGUUGGGUGUUUCUAACAUCUGAUCCAGGUUCUCUGUGAACAGGUUUUAUUGGAAUUACUUUCUCCUGAAGACAUAGUCCCAAUGAAAACCGCUAACAGUGAAUUUCCUAGAAAUUGGGGAUCCCGUCUCUGGAAGCAAAAAAAAGAACCUAAAUGCACCAAAAAUAGUAAUUAUACUCACCUCCAAUGUAGGGUGGAGGCAUUUCUGUGUUGACAUUUUAUUGUUACUUAUUAGCCAACAUGUACACAGAUAGCAAUAUAUAAUUUAACAAGCUGAUAUUGGCCAUAAAUCAGUCGAGGUUUGAUAAAAGAAAGUGAGUCAGUACAUUUACUUAAAUACUGUACUUAAGAAAUAUUUUGCAUUGAUUAUUAAUUCCAUUUUCUUUUAUACUUCAACUCCACCACAUUUAUUUGAUAACUUUAGUUCCCAGUUACUUUGCAGAUUCAGAGUAGUAAUACAAAAUGAAAUUCACAAAUCAUAACCUAUUGGUGAAGAAAGAUUAAGGCUUUACUGAUCCCCAGAGGGAAAUGUAUAUAAACUAAUUAAAAUUAGCCCCACCUUUACCAGCAGCAACAUUAAAGUGAUGUACACAUGAAUGCAUUAACACCUUUAACCUGAUAAUUAAUUAGACUUUAUUUUACUUAUAUAAGUAUAUUUUGGUGCCAAAGUUUGAAUGCAAGAGUAGUAGUAGUAACAAGUAUUUCUACACUUAUUGGUGUUACUGUAAAAUAUCUGAGAACUUUGUCCACUAAUGGAAGUGCAGAACUAAUACCACAACAAAUUCAUGUUUGGUUUUUCUCCUGGCAGGGAGAAAAGCUGAGGAUAAAGGACUCUUGUUUGCUUAUUUAAUCUGCUCUGUGUUUUGCUACCACCAUAAAACUAAAUUCCAGGUUUAAUAAUGUACUCAUCUCAAUCUUACAAAAAAAACCUGAAACAGUUACUUAACUUAAAGGUUUUUAUGAUUAAAUUUGACUACAAUUUGUGUUCCAGGGCAGAUGAGGGAGAAAGGAGUAAAUGGAGUCACCUCUGAGAGAGAGAGAGAGAGAAAGAGAGAGAGAGAGAGAACAAAUAAAACUGUUCUAAAAUUUAACUCCGUCCGUACGUCUGUUUAUCUUAAAUCCAUGGUGAAUGUGCAGUGAAUGCUAACCUACAUAGCUUUCCUCUGCAUCUGUGUUUGUUUGUGCAAAUGAGACUGUUUUCUCCAGACAGUCCUCGCCUUGGUGACAGGCAGAUUGGGAUAUAAAUUAAUAAACUACCUGACAAAGGUUACACAAAG